CUCUUUUCUUUUCUUUUUUCUUUUAACCCAGUUCUAUCUGAAUCGACAUGGAAUUGGCUUUACUUCUGCUCCUCGGUCUUCUUCAUAAAAAACAAGCGCAAGGGAUCCAAGCUGAGACCAGGUUUGUGAAGCUGGGAACCAACCUCACUUUGGAAUUGAAGAAAACUUUUGUAUUUACUCAGAAUAAUGACCAACUAUUCUGGAAUUUCAAUACAAGUUUCACCAUUUUAAGAGCAGACACCUCAUCCCCAAUAACAAUAUAUGAAAAUUACAGUAACAGAGUCACAUUAUUAGAAAACUUUGCCUUGAUUUUAAGAAAUGUACAUGCACUGGACAAUGGAUAUUACACUGCAGUACUUGGAGGUGCUAAACAACAAACAUUGGCUGACUACAAUGUUCAAGUUCAAGCUGCAGUGUCUCCCGUCAAGUUGGAGGUGGCAUCGAUGUGGAACGACAUGGACACCUGUAAUAUGACUGUGACCUGCAGAGCUGACACCACACAACUCAAUUUAAAUUUUGAAUGCCACAAAGUCUGCAGUCAGAAUGGAAGUGAAUUGUUAAAGGCAGAUGGCCAUCUCAAGCUCAUCUCUGACAAUUAUAGUAUUGUGUGUGAGCACAGCAACAACGUGAGCAAGACCGAGCAGGCGAAGAAUGUUCACAUUUGUGCUCUAAACCUGGUGGUGAGUACAUGGAAGAGACAGCGUCCAGUCAACUAAGUCUGUUAUAGAGAACCAGAGGGAUAGCAUCCAACCAGAGGGAUAGCAUCAAAUUCUAGGCCAACCGCACCCUUAAUGAAUCACCCCCCUAUUUUUGGUCAACAACGACCAGCCCCAGAAAAUGACAAACGGGCUUGUUUUUAUUAUUUGGAUUUCUUGAUUCUAUUAUACUGGAUUCUACAUGCUGUGUCAAGGGAUUUUAUCUUCUAUUGUUGUUUUUUUCCCCCUUGUAAUUUAUAACCACAACUGUUUUUCAGAUUACUUUUGUCCAUCCAUUCAUCCAUUUUCUUAACCGCUUAUCCUCACUAGGGUGAUGUAUGAGGACGCAGCGUACACCCAGAAGUAUAAACAAACAACGAUUUGCACUCACAUUCACAUGGGCAAUUUGGAGUCUGCAAUUAAUGCAUGAUUUUUAGUAUGUGGGAGGAAACUGAAGUACCUGGGGAAAACCCACCCAGGUGUAGUGGGUCUAACUCUGCGUCGUGCAUUUUUUUGGGAUAGAUGGAUGGAUGAGAAAACACACACUUUGGAUGGUCUCAAAAUGGUUUCAUCUUUUCUCUGCAUUCCAAAAGAGACACAUUCUCGGGUGUUCACAGAUUUAUCUUCACAAAUACUCUCGCUCCUCCGCAACACCAAAAACUCGGUCACCACGCGCCCUCUGCCAACACUCAUUCCCACCGCACAAACCACAUGGUCAUCCAGCAACGCACUCGGACCGGGUCAGCCUUUCACGUACUUCUCCUGCUAGCAAGUUUAUGCUUGAAAUCAAUGAAAC